GAUGACAGCAUCGUAAUUCGCGGGCUGAGCAGCAUUAAUAUCAUCAACAUCAUCAUCAUUUUAUUCGUGGAUGUACGGAAGAAAAAACAGCGUGCGUGACCAUGUACACGAGCGUGGAAUGCAGCAAAAUCAGUCUGUCGUGAAUGGAGAAGUCUGAAUAAUCAAAUAGUGAAACCAAUUAAGCUUUACAAGAAGUACACUUUUGGACUUUGGCCAUCCUCAGUAUAAACUGGAAACAUCUUUGGGCAGACAUCUUUUCAACUGUGCACAGCUGGACACAGAAUCAAGCUUUACUGUGUAAAGUAUUUCCUGAUUCAUUUUUACAAGUCCCUAACUGUGCCCCCCUUGGGGCCAUGCCCCACCUGUUGAACAAUGACACUUCCUUUAGCUCCAGACGAGAGCUUCUGGAUUUACAUAACAGCCGCCCGGGACCCAAUCUAGAUACUCCAAGCCCUGUGGAGUCCCAGGGCUCUGGUCCAAGAAGUCCAUUCGAAGAUGCCAGCACCAUAAUCCAAAACACUGGCAAACUCGGCAUUGAUCUCACAGAGCCACCACUUAGAGUAAAGUUUGUCCCCACGGUCACAGAAAAUCUGUGUGGAUGGGGAGCACUGACUCCCCGGUUUAUCCAGACAUUCAAUACUCCACGCUGGGUUCUCUUCUUCCUCUGUGUGGCCUCCUUCCUCCAAGGCAUGAUCAUCAAUGGCUUUAUCAACACUGUCAUCACCUCAAUCGAAAGACGCUUCGACCUGCGCAGCUACCAGGCAGGACUUAUCGCCAGCUCCUACGACAUCGCCGCUUGUGUGUGCCUGACGUUUGUAAGCUACUUUGGUGGUACUGGCCAUAAGCCACGAUGGCUGGGCUGGGGUGUGCUGAUCAUGGCACUGGGGUCACUGGUCUUUGCCCUGCCCCAUUUUACUACGCCGGCGUAUCAGGUGAGAGUUCCGGAGCGCAUGGGACUUUGCUCGGGCAAUCACACGGAGACAUGUGACGACGAGCAAGGCGGGCUCUCGGCUUACCGAUUCGUCUUUAUGCUGGGCCAGUUUCUUCAUGGUGUUGGUGCGACUCCUUUGUACACACUUGGGGUCACAUACUUAGAUGAGAAUGUGAAGUCAAACUACGCACCUGUAUAUAUAGGCAUCUUCUACACGGCUGCCAUUGUGGGACCAGCAGCCGGAUACCUGCUGGGUGGAAUCUUUCUCAACAUGUACACAGAGAUCGACCAGACGACAGAGCUGACUCCUGAGAACCCAAUGUGGGUUGGGGCCUGGUGGAUCGGUUUUCUAGCAGGAGGGGCAGCAGCUCUGCUUAUUGCUCUGCCUAUACUGGGUUACCCACGCCAGUUACCAGGCUCUCAGAGAUAUGUGGCCAUGCGCGUUUCUGAGGCUCACCAGCUGAAAGAUGGCAGCCAGGUCACAGCAUCUGAUCCUCAGUUUGGCAAAACCGUAAAGGACAUGCCCAGAUCCAUGUUGUUUCUUUUAAAGAACCCUACUUUCAUCUUUCUGUGUCUGGCUGGGGCCACAGAGGCAACACUUAUAGCUGGGAUGUCCACAUUUGGCCCCAAAUUUCUUGAAUCUCAGUUUAAUCUCAGCGCAUCAGAGGCAGCGACUUGGUUUGGCUAUAUGGUGGUACCGGCAGGUGGAGGUGGUACAUUUCUUGGUGGAUACAUUGUAAAUAAGCUCAACCUCCGUUGCAGAGGUAUAAUUCGAUUCUGCAUGGUGUGUGCACUGGUCAGCCUGUCUGCUAUCUUCAUCUUUCUCCUACACUGUCCUAAUGUGCCGAUGGCUGGUGUGACGGUCCCUUACAACAGCAACCUAAAAAACCACCACUACAGCGCCCCCUACCUACAGACAGAAAUUCACAACAGCAGCAUCUCAGAGCUGGGCAACCUGACCGUGAGCUGUAACGUGGGAUGUCACUGUGUUAAGGAGCUGUUUAACCCUGUGUGCGGUGCAGAUGGAGUGAUGUAUUUCUCUCCCUGCCACGCUGGCUGCAGCUCCAUCAACCACACAUACAGCGCCAAAGGCAGACAGGUGUAUUCUGGCUGUAGCUGUGUGGCAGGAAAUGUGUCAUGGGAUGAGGUGGGCUUUGCUGAAGAAGGAAAGUGUGUUUCGUCCUGCAAUCACAUGCCAGCCUUCCUCAGCUUCCUCUUUGUCGUCAUCUUCUUCACCUUCCUCUGCAGUAUCCCUGCACUUACUGCCACACUGAGGUGUGUUCCUGACAGUCAAAGAUCAUUUGGACUUGGCAUCCAGUGGAUUGUUGUAAGGACUCUAGGUGGGAUCCCGGGCCCUAUAGCAUUUGGGUCAAUGAUCGACAUCUCCUGCCUCCUGUGGGAGGAGAAGUGUGGGGAAUACGGCUCUUGCUAUUUAUACCACAACUCAUCCAUGAGUCAGUACUCACUCAUCGCUGGCAUUAUAUACAAGGUUUUAGGCUCCCUGUUCUUUCUGCUGGCCGCUGUUCUGUAUAAGCCUCCCCCUGAAUCUCCUCAAACCAGCUGCGAGAGCACAGACACGAGCGGGCAAGACAGAGACCUGCCAAUCAAACACGUUCCCGCCGAGAUCAUCACCAACCCACACGCACAGUUAUGACCACAGAUACACAGCCAAUACACUGCGGUUGUGUCAUACGCACCAAUGCUCUCAUAGAUCUCCUCACCAGCCUGAACUCCCCUUCGACCUGAUUUCAUUCUAGAUAGGAACGUUUGUUACGACUAAAGAGGCCAUCAUAUCCUUCACGUUCAUAUACAUGUUCAGCAUACCAGAGCAUAUGAGUUAUGUAAACAAAACAUUACAGAGACAAACAUAAUCUUAUUGUGAAAAUGCAUCAUUUGUGAGUUUAAUCUGAGAUCAUUUUUAUUGAAAUAAUCAAAAUGGAAAAUGCCAGCAUAUGACUUUAAAUAAGCCAUAUACAGAAAAGAGCACUUAAUAUAUAAAACUCAAUUUCCACAGUACAACAGAACGAAAUUGUGCCUUAAGAGUUUAGCAUCAAUCGGCGCAAUUACAAUUUACAGAUUAAAUUUCACACAUCUUCAUUGUUAAUUAUGUUUAACGUUCAUCUCUUUAAAUUGCACUUUACUGAUGGAAACAAACUUUUCAGCCAUGUACAGUAAUGAAAUAUGUGCCAAGUUUUGUACUCCGUUUCAUACAUUACACCAAUUCUGAUUCACAUUCUGCCACCAUUAAAGUUGCAUAAUUGUUGUAUUUAAAUUGAUUUGACCACAUUUGUGAUCCAGUCUGUCUGGUACAGUCAUUUAUUUACUAUACUGUUUUCUACAUAAAAUCAUACUGCAUAUGCCAAGAACAUUCUGAAAAAAUAUAACCUUGAUAUCUUUAAUAUUGAUUAAGUUCAUGUCAAACAUUGAUAUCAAACUUUGAUGCUCCAAAUCUCAUAAUAAGAUGAGACUUUAGCGUGGAUUUCAAAGGCAGGGUCACAUGUUAUCACAAAAAUGUGCCAAAAUACACCUCACGACAGAGAUGCUUCUUAAUGUCUGAUCACAGAGAUGUAAAUGAGAGAUUAAGAUGGAGCCGUUUUUCAAAAAGCCCUUUAAACACUGCCUCCGUCAAAAAUGAGAUAAUGAUAGUUACCGAAUGCACGUAUUAUACGUUCAUUGAUUCAUUUAGCUUAAAAUCCAUUUAAUCCUGGCCUCAGGCCAUUCAGAAAUAGAGACUGAUAACAGAAAACAUUUCAGACGUACUGAGAAGGUUUUGCAUCUGAGCUCCAUAAAAAGAAACUUGUACUGUAUUUACUGUCCAUGAUGGGACCUUCAUGGAAAGCACUUCACAAUCAGAUUAUACAGAAAAAUAUCCAUUGUGUCUUAAUGAGACAAAAAAAAUGGUUAAAACAUAAUUCAUCCAUGUACAAUUAAUUAAAAUUAAAGAGCACACAACUCUUGACAGUGGUUUGAGCAUAGCACCCUGUUUAAUUUAACCAAUUAAGCUGCUAAAGGCCAAAUAUAUAGAAAGUAUAACUAAUAUCUGCUUCAUAAUUUGCUUUUAUCACAACCUCAGUAAUGAAAUUUUACAAUUGAGGUUUUUAUUUA